CCGGCCGGCCGUAAAACGUCGCUGAGCUGAGUAAUCUGAUAAAGUCAGAAUAAUGAGCUCUUUUACAGAAAAGGCGCUUUCCGAUAAGUUAGCAACGCUAACAAAUACACAGCAGAGCAUCCAGACCAUGUCCUUAUGGCUGAUUCAUCAUCGGAAACAUGCUAAGAAAAUAGUAACUGUCUGGUACACACUGCUCGUGAAAGCAAAGCCUUCUCGAAAACUGGGAUUCAUCUAUCUUGCCAAUGAUGUUGUCCAAAAUAGCAAGAAAAAGGGGCCGGACUUCAACAAGGAGUUUGCAGGCGUGAUGCCUACAGCUUUUGGACAUGUGUAUGAUACCACUUCUGAUGAAAAGACUUAUGCUGCUCUACAAAAAGUACUCAAGGUCUGGCAAGACAGAAAUGUCUUCGACAAGGAUGUCCUUAAGAAAAUAGAACAAGAAAAUAAUGAAGGUGAAGAGCUGCCGGAGCCGGAUGUAGCAGAGGAUGAUGCUGAUACUCCUCCGCAACAAGACGUCGGACAGGAAAGUAAAAGAGAGCAAGAAGACGAGGAGUCUGCUCCCGCUAAGAAACCCAAACUAGAAGACCUUCAACGUAUUCUGCAUGAAGAAGAAGAGGAAUUGCAACAGAUAGAAGACAUGCCUGAUCCUGAUGAAAUGGCCCAAGUCUUGAGAGAUCUAGAACACUCUGCUUCAAGUGAUGCGUCUGUCAGAGAAAAAAUAGCCAACCUUCCACCUGAAGUACAAGAUGUUAGCAUGCUAGAGAAGAUAAAAGACAGAGAUGAUGCAGAGAGGUUAUCAUCAGUGGUCAAUGAAGCUGUAUCGAUGUUAUCAGAUUAUAACAGCAGGCUAUCCUCUGAGAUGACCCAACGUGAAGAACUGAUGAAAAUGCUUACAUCGUAUAAGAUAGGGCAGCAACAUCAUCUCAGGACAUCUCUCAAGAAACUAGAGGAAUAUAAAGAUCGUCUAACGCGAGUAACGACUGUGAGAAAGGAACUGAAAUCGCACAUCCAGAAUCUUCCAGAUCUAUCUCUGUUACCAGACGUAACUGGAGGACUGGCCCCACUACCUUCAGCUGGGGAUCUCUUCUCAAUCGAUGUGUGAACACACUUUCCUGCAUGAGAACAUUUUGAAAUUUGUAUGUGAACACUCUCGGUUGAGAUCUCUACUCUGUUAACGUAAGCUGUAGAUCCUGCUAAAUUGAUACGUGAACACAGAAACUUGCUGAAGAACGGUCAUCAAUAUUUGUGUGAACACAGUACCUUCAGCUCUAGAUUGUGUUAACAAUUAUUGUGUGAACGCGUCACUUUCAUAUGGAUAUCCACAUCUUUAAACCUUUUUACUUGAUUUUUUAUGCUCUUUAUGCACACUGAGGAAGCUAUAGAGUAGAUUCAACAUGUUAUAAGUCACAUUGUUAUAAUUAUUAUUCAUAUGAUUUUCCACUGUUAGGUGUACAUGACACGGUUUCCUAAUUCGAGGAAGAAGCUGUUAGUCCCAUGUGUACUGAUACCACCGAACCCUAACUGCUAUGUAUGUGCUGACACGCCUUCAGUUUGAUGUCUUUUCUUGAAUGAUACCUGAUUACACUACUUUCAGUGGGAGAUUUAUUCCCAGUUGAUGUUUAAUUUGCAUCAUGUUCUUUAAGACAUCAUAUUUGACGAUGAAUAGAGUGGUCUUUACGACAGGAUCACGAUGUGAUGGCUUCAGGUUGGUAUAGUAUUUGUUGUUCCUAUAUUGUUUUAUUUCUUAAAAGUUAAUGACAUGCAAAUACCAUUAUGCUGACUUAAGCAGAAUGUUCAUCAGAUGGCAAAAUUCACCUUUUCACUCUGUGAUAAAAAAGCUUGAAAUGCAAGGAAUUGAUCUUUGUCUUUGGUAAUUUGCCAAAUAUUGAAAAUCAAUUCACACCCAAAUGGAAUGUGAUCUGUAGACAAUAUACACAAUGUGAAAUUUUAACGAUCCUUUGGUUAUGUUGUGAAUAUUCAUGUUGCAGUUUAUGAAAACAUUUUUUUUUUAAUUGCAAGUUACAGGAUUAAGGUCAAAGUUUACAAGGUCAUGGAGUGAUUUGUGAUCCCAGAAAAUGUCUUUUGACAGUUAAUGAUUUAAAACUGAAGUAAUCUUAGGCAAUUGAUAAAGUGAAGAUGUAUAUCUGGAAAGAUGGAGGAAUGAGAUUAAAUUGUUUCAAUGCAAAAGUUGAACAUACAGCAUAUAAAAUGUCAUAGUAUCAUAACAACAGUCAUAGCAAGAGAAAGGAAUGGUUGAAAGCGCAAUGGCUUGAUAAAGGACGACCCUCAAGAAAAGAUUAAAAGAUCAUGAGGUAGAGGAUUGAAAUGUAGGAGUACAGGGGUGAAAAGUCACUAUUUAUGAAAAUCUUGACAUAGAAAUAUAUGUUUCUGUUAUAAUUCUGACAAAGAAAGAAGUAGUAUAAAUCACCCUUUACUUCAAUAUAUUCAUAGUAUGAAAAAGGUUUUCAUGAAUUCACAUCCUUUAUGUUCUAGGAUCACUGAUAAAUGAAUAUUUUACAGAACUUCAGACCUAACAAGGUACCAUUUGGCAAAAUUUUUAGUUAAUAAUAAUAAUAAUAGACAGUUCUUGUAUAGUGCACAACACAUUAUGAAUAAUGUCUCUAUGCACUUCCAAAGGACUUGGAUAUUAUUUCCCCGGCUGUAGCUCGAGCAGCCUUCUGGCACUCAGUGCAUUUCAAGGAAUAAAUUCCUGCCAGGGAUUUAUUCACCUCACCUGGGUUGAGUGCAGCACAUUGUGGAUAAAUUUCUUGCUGAAGGAAGCUAUGCCAUGGCUGUGAUUUGAACCCACAACCCUUUGUUUCAAAGUCCGGAGACUAAUCCACUGGGCCACAAUGCUCCACGGCAUGUUUAUCAACAUGUAGAAAUGUUGUGCAUCAGUGGCUGACCCUAAUACUAAUAUUUUUAACCUAGUCACUAAGAAGUGGGGAAUCUUCUUGUUUCUUAUUUUUCACAACUUUUGUCUUUUGAGUAAAGACACUAGACUGUCCUUUAGAGUAUGUAACUCUAUUUGCCAUUUAUUUUUAACUGGGAAUUUGAUAUGUAAGUAUUUAAGGGAGACAGUAUUAACCCCUUUAAGACCAAGCGUGUAUAUAUUCAGAUUAAGGUCUAUGGAACAUACUUAUUGCAGUAUAACCAAGUCAGUCUCCAACAGGUUAAGAGCCAAGUCGAACCUCAAUUGGUUGAUUUCUAUAAAAAAAGAUAAAUCUUCACCAAAUUAAAUCGAAGUAUAGUAGUAAUCAAAACCUAUCAAACUGGAUGGGAAAUUUAAAAAAAAAUGAUGGCAGUUUAAUUUUUUUUAUUUAUUUUAAAGGAAUACAAGGAUUUAUUCCAUGUACACAAUCUGCAAGUAAGGAAAGGGAUACAAUAGUGUGUCAGACACUCGCUGUUUUGUUUUGAAAUAUUGAUUAUUUCAUUUAUUUAUGUAAAGCCUGGUUGGUUCUACAAGUUAAGUCUUCACUAUGAUUAUUUGUGAUUGAAAAGAGAGCUUCUCGACAAUGUUUAAAUUUAUGAAUAUCAAAAUACAUGUAUUUGAUAUUUCAUGUCAUAGAAUGCAAAAUAAAUAAUGUUGUGUUGUUAUUUCAGUA